AUGCCCGAGGCCAAAGAAGCUUUCCUCGUGCGUGAGACUAAUCUCAAGUCUGAGCUGGCCGAGUGCAAGGCUGCCGCCGCUACCUCAAGCUCAGGAUCUUCACAUUCGAGCUGCGCUCAGUGCAGUAUCUUGGGAAAGAAUGAUCCUGGCCAUUUCUCUCGACGCCUCAAGGCCGAUUUGGCCGCUUGCAAGGCCGGAUGGGCUGCUGUUGGAGACGGGACAACGUGCCGUUCCUACGCCCAUGAUGGUGGAAGCCCUGGUACUAGCCUUCUCUACUACAAGCACAUUAGAGAGUUGGAACCUGCUGGUAACUUUAAGGUUGAAGGCGCUUGGCGCUCAUGGGAUAGGGGGUGUUAA